AAGACUUUAGACUGGGACGCAGCUCCGCGCAUGCUCAGCAUCAACUAGAGUAGCAAUACACACCGGCUCACGGCCAGCCGCGGCGCCUGCGCCGUAGCGGCCAGGAGUCGGUACGCGUAGGACGUUUCUCGAACCUUGACUCCGGGCCUCCGCAAGAACCUCUUUGUGCCUAGUGUCCUGUGCACACUCCUUGCAAGCGACGGCGCCAUGAGUCUGACUUCCAGCGUACGAGUUGAAUGGAUCGCAGCAGUUACUAUUGCUGCUGGGACAGCUGCAGUUGGUUAUCUAGCUUACAAAAGAUUUUAUGUUAAAGAUCAUCGCAACAAAUCUAUGGUAAACCUUCACAUCCAGAAAGACAACCCCAAGAUAGUACAUGCUUUUGAUAUGGAGGAUUUGGGAGAUAAAGCUGUGUAUUGCCGUUGUUGGAGGUCCAAAAAGUUCCCAUUCUGCGAUGGAUCUCACACAAAACACAACGAAGAGACUGGUGACAACGUGGGACCUCUGAUCAUUAAGAGAAAGGAAACUUAAAUAGACAGUUUUGACACUGCAAACAAACUUAAGAUGUUUUCUGAUUGUUUAAUUAGAAUGACUGCGACUUCUGUCUAAUUCGCCUCCCCUGGGUCCUAGAUGUGGUCUCUUGGAAACUGCAGCUUUCAUAUUCAUGGCAUUUGCCUUACUUGUUGAACCAUUGUGGUGCACAUUUGUUAAAACGUAAAAAAGGAAAAAGUAAAAACCAACUUCAUGGCUUGUGGGUUAUUUUGGUCUUGUAAGGAUCCGUUUCUUUAUGUUUAAAGUAAUUAUAUUAGAAUAUAGUUCUGUAUUAAAGUUACCAUUAAAUUAUUGUCAAAAUCCUGUAUAUGCAGGUUGUACUUAUAAGUUUCAAAGAAAACUACCACCUUUUAAUAUUACUUAGUUAACCUAGAAAGUAAAUUGGGUGUGAUUAAGGUAUACUAAUCUCUUAAUAUAGGAAAAACCUGUUACGACCAUGAUUCUCUACUUGACAGAGAUGAUGACACUGAGAAAAUAUAGCUUCUAUAUUUUCAUAGUUUUUAAUCAAAAUGAACUUGGAAUGUUAUUCUGCUUAAUUAUACGUGGGCUGGGCCUAAAAUAAAAGGGCACAGUAGCUUCUUUAUUCAUUUUCAUGUGUAUUUAAUUGACCUAUUAAAGGAACCAGUACUGGAAAUUUAGAUCAAAGUGAUAUUAGAUUUAAAGUAGUCAUGAAGAAGGUCUUAAAAUGUUAAUGUUCUAGGGUUCUAUUCCAAGAAGUGGCACUUGAAGCAGGAACAUUGAAAGAUUUGGAACACAUGAUGUCAAGCCUCUUGAACAGAAAGCCACACAUCCAUGACAGAAAUAGUAGUCACAAAGCUAGAUCAAAGGCACAGGUAGAUUUUAUUUCCUACUCUCGAAAAUCAGGCACGUGCAUAUUUCUAGUAAAGAAACUUGGAGGGAAAAAACAACUACAUUCUAUUAAAUUACAUGAUCUUAAAAGCAAAAAUUUGAAGACAAGUUUUUGUUUAUAUAAUAUUUUUCAAAGACUCAGAAAUAUUGCAUUCAUUCCUGAUUCAGGAAAAAAAGUGAAAGCUGAAAAUAAUUAGCAAUAAAAAUAUUAAGACAGGAGUAGUUAACGGGUGAAUUUUUAGAGAUUAGUUCUUUGGGUUUUAUGGAUUAGAAGGAAAAGCCAGGACAGAAUAUAUAUGUAAUACAAACAACUUGACAAAGGUAACAAAAAUAUUCUUACCAUUUCUUUUAGUCUACUUGAAUUCUCAGUAGUAGUCAAUAACAAGUUUCUGUAUGCCAAAACCCAGAAUUACCAUGGAAGUCACAGGAAUUAAACCAAAUAUUAGCAUUCCUAUAUUUCAUGUACGAUCAGUGAUAUUUUUUUAAAUGUACAAUUUUGUGUAUUACAAUAGGUAAAGUUUUUACCAAAAUUGUGUAUACUGAUAGUAAGCAGCCUAUAUGACUUAAUACGGAUGGGUCUUAAAGGCACAUCUUAAAUAUAUAAUGUAAAAUACUACAAACCCUGAUUCUGCCUAUCAGUUUCUUAAGGUGAAUUUCUUUCCUUACCUCUGCUCCCUGUUUUAAGUAUGAGCGGGUCUGCAAAAGAAGCAUCAUGCUUUUAAAGGUUGGUUGAUUUAAGGAAAAAAAAAAUCCAUGAACUCCUGGUUUCUGAUAAAGGGGCAUCCCUUUAACACACUAAACUGUAUUUUUAAUUUUAAAUUUGAAAUUACACUAUUGGUCAUGCAUUUUUAUAGCUAUGGGGGGGAAUUAGUGCCAAUUCUCAAAACUAUUUUUCAAAGGAAUAAGAUUAUGUGUACGUUUAUGGUGGAAUUAGAGGUGAUCGCCUAAUUGAAAUGCAGAUCUACUGUAGAAUUUUGUUAGUCCAAAAUAAUUAGAUAAAUGUGUCCUCAGGGUGAUGGUAAAAAUUUGUUUCAUGCUCUUGAACUAGAAUUCCUUUAGAAUAUUAAGACUUUCCUGUUACUUAUCCUAAAAAGGUUAAGUGGGUAUGGUUAAAUUAAUGUGAUGUUUUUACCCAAAAAUCACUGUGUGCAAAUACUGUUCUCAUUAAGCACCGCAAAGUAUCUGAUUGCUUUUUUUUUUUUUUUUGAGAAGUCAGGCAAAUUGGGUUCCCCAACACCACCACUAUCUUUUUUUCUCUAUACAUUAAUGUUCCAGUGAUUUCCAAAAUAGGAUUCCAUGCUAAGUUGAGAGUUUCUAAUGUUAGGAAGAAUCUUGUUUUGCAGUGAUUGAAAGUGACACUCCUCUGUUAGUACAACAGACAUUUAUUAAGCAUCUUCCAUAGACCAUGUACUUAAGAAUGAAACAUUUUGGAUAAUUAAAAGCUUACAGAUAAGAUUAUAUCAUUUAUGAUAUAGGUUACAUAAUUAUAAUUUAUGAUUUGGGGUUUUCCUUAUAAUAUGUAUGGCUGCGUAUAACAAGUCUUUAUACUACAAAGUAAGUGGAUUUGAAUUUUCAUUAGUUAGGAAGGAUUUGGGUUUGGUUUGGUUUGAAGAUAAACAUUGAUUAAGGUUCCUAAUCAGCAACAUGUUUAGUGAUUAUGUUUCUGUGAGAGUGUAUUAUCUACUAGUUGUCAGAAGCUAUGCUUCCUCUCUGAGUUUAACACAAGCUGAUUUCAGACAAAGCCACUCACCUUUCAGCCUCUAUUUAAAAUGGUUGGAGAAAAUGGGAUUUUAGGCAAUUUAUUUGCAAAUUUUAGGACAACCCUAAAUUUUCAGCAUCCAGAAGGGGGAAAAAAAGUAAAAGGCUGAUAGGUAGCUUGACUUUAAUUCUUAUUAUAAGAUCAUUCCAACUUUUGUGGUAUUGAAAUAUCCUUUUAUGAAAUGUUGAUAGUAUUAUUAGUUGCUUUAAAGUAUCCUUACUUGGCAAAAUAAAAAGUUGACAGCUCUG